AAUCCUCUUACACACCAAACACUGCCUAGAAACCUCCUGUGAUUCCAAGCAGAUGGCGCUACCAAUACGGAACUUGUUGAUCCUGUUAUGUGCCCUUCUACCCAAGUACACUGAUGCUUUUUCAAAUGGGAAGGUUGCAAGCGUUUGUGGUACAAUGAUUCCAACUCAUAGUACUUCAGCUCAAACCACUGACCCUCCCUUUAUGUUGGUCUCAUCAAAAGGCACCUACAACCAAGGAGUCAAAAUCGCUGUCAAUCUGUCAGCUACAUCAACUGUCGUGAUAAAAGGUUUCCUGAUUCAGGCUCGGACAAUAAAUGGUGACAAUCUAGUUGGUUCCUUUGAGGUCAGCAACCCAGAUGCUCAGACUUUGGACUGCAAUAACCCUGCAGAUGCAGUCAGUCAAACUGGUGCCGCCUCCAAAACAAGUAUACAGGUGACGUGGAAGGCCCCUAACAUUCCUACUGGAAAUAUAAUGUUUAGGGCCACUGUUGUGAGAAACGAAAGGACAUUCUGGGCAAAUAUUGUCAGCAGAGCACUUAAUGCAACUUCAAACAGUACAGCCACACUGGGUUCUCAUAACAGUGGAUUCAGACUGUCUGUUCCCUUCACUUUUGGGCUCAUGUUGAUUGUUCUGAUGACGUUACAGUCCAGUUCAGGAUCUAGUUUCAAAGGAUUUCUCCUAGAGGCGCAGACUGUGGGAGGAGACCAGACUAUUGGAUAUUUUACCAUCAGAGAUGGGAACACUCAGGCUCUUUCAUGCAGUGCAGGAGCAGCUUCAGCAGUCAGCCACACAAGUAGCACUAUCAAAACAUCUAUUACCACUUCUUGGACUGCCCCUGCUGGAACAGGACCCAUAUACUUCAGGUUUUUAAUAGUCAAUGAGCAUAGCACAAACAUCAACCAUAUACACAAGACAAAAUGUCCAUCUGUUGUUAUUGAUUCCUCUACACUGUUUACACUGGAGACUUUACAGAUUUCUAAUACCAUGUGUGGUACAGGGAAGUUCUGCUUUAGCAACCCACCAAACUGCAGCCCAGACAACAGCAGCUGUCUCUUCAUGUCUUCUGUACCAGCCAAUAAUGGAUUUGUAUUUGAAAUGAGCGGAUUAACCACGGGAUACGUAGCUAUUGCAUUUUCUGAUGAUAAGCUGAUGGGAAAUGAUGAUAUUUACAUCUGUACCAGGGAUUCAAGUGGAAACAUCCUGGUUCAACAAGCCUUUUCUAAUGGAUAUGUCACUCCCCAAGCUAGAAACUUGAGUACCAAAGGAUCUAUAGUUUCAUCUUACAUAGGUGGAGUGUUAAAAUGCUCCUUCAUUAGCAAGAUGAGCAUCUCCACCCAGGCUCGAGCCAGCACAGCUCCCAGCUACUACAUUUUCCUUGGAACAGGCCCAUCCCAAGCAAGUGGUAAGUGUGACAUAGUAGGCAAUCCAGUAUUUGUUGAGAAAGCAGACACAUACCCUGUGAAGCUAUCAUCCCUAUGUCAGAUUCUGUUGCACACAACCAAGCCGCUCAUAUCAGCUAGCAGGAUUGAUCUCUCCAGUUUUGCAGCCAGCGCAAUUGCACCAGUUCGAACGCCUCCUGUUAUUCUUGGCCAUGGUGCACUGAUGCUUAUUGCUUGGAUGACUACAGGGACUAUUGGAAUGCUUAUAGCUCGGUAUAUGAAACAUGCAGCUAAUCGGCCAGUCAUUGGAAAAGGUCUUUGGUUUUUGCUUCAUAUUUCCCUAAUGGUCCUGACCAUAAUUCUGACUAUUUGUGCAUUUAUCAUGGUUUUUGUUGGAGUCUUUGGCUGGAGUGCUGGUUCCGGGGCCCAUCCUAUUCUUGGCUGUAUUGUAAUGAUUCUCUCAUUUCUUCAACCAUUUGGAGCUUUUCUUCGUCCAGCCCCUAAUCAUAAAAGGCGUUUCAUCUUCAACUGGGUACAUGGCCUAAAUGCACUGGUGAUCAAGAUAUUAGCAGGUAAGAUUUUUGUGGUUGAAAGAAAGAAAGGUCUUGUGAUUCACAGCUUUAUAAUGGUGUCUGUUACAAUGCCAUGCCCUGUUGUCUGCAAUACAAAUGUUAUUGACCUAUUGCUUUUUUCAGUUGCCACCAUUUUGCUUGUCUCUCCAGUGGCUACCAUAUUCCUUGGCCUGGAACUGGUGGACAUUUCCUCCACUCAAUGGAUGCCAAAAGUGAUGGGUGGAUUUUAUGGAUGGGAGGCUUUAUUUUACAUCAUUCUUGAAAUCAAUGCACGUAUGAAAACUAAAGGUAAGCAAUAUCCAAGGCUGGUCUCUGACUUUAGUCCUAAUUGGAUCAACCCAUUUCUACAGAUUCAGCAUGAGUCAGUUAUAAUGGUGGUCUUUAUCUGUGGAAAUUUGGCAUUUCUAACAUCAUUGCUGGUAGGCAUCGGACAAUCAGUCUAGCUACCCUCCAUGCCAAGGAACAGACUCUCUGCCAGCAAAUGACCUUUGCUAAACACAUACAAAUAUGAGCAUCUAGGCUCCUUGUUUCUGAAUUCCUGCUUUGCACGGCGGAUGUGCCAUACAGGUUUCCACUGCAUGAGAUGAGCUUCCAAAGACACGUCUACAGCCGUGUGAACGAUUGCACAGCAGAAACAAUGCUUGAAAGCAUAAUAUUGUAAUUUGACCAGAAACUAUGCCACUUUAAUACCAUAUUUUUACUUCUGCCAGGUAUUGCUUUGUCAUGAUCUGCAUAGAGAUUUACAGAUGUUUUUUUUUUAAUUUCUUUUUUAACUUUUUGAUUGACUAUUUAACA